AUGGACCCAGAUAAACAAGAUGCUCUUAAUAGUAUUGAGAAUUCCAUUUAUAGAACAGCCUUCAAAUUACGAUCAGUGCAAACCUUGUGCCAAUUGGACUUGAUUGACAGUUCUCUGAUUCAGCAUGUCCUACUACGUCAGAGUCUCUGGGAGGCAAGAGAAAGUGCUGUCUCUGUGCAGCAGCUUUUUCAGGCUCUGCAGGAGCUGUUUCAGAGAGUCAGGGUGGAAAAACCAGGACAGGUGCACCCCAGAGCUUCGGAACUCACUCUGAGCCUUCUCACAACAAUGUAUGACAGCUCGGGAAUGGGUUUUCUCAAACUUGGACCUGCAGCUGCUGCCCUGAUUGCCCUCUCAGGGGAUAGUCCUCUUACAAAAUACAGAGCUCUUUUUCAGCUCUAUGCAGAAAAUAACAGGGGAGGUUGUGAUUCUGGGGGACGCAUGACUCGAAGGAUUUUGAGAAACCUACUAACAGAUCUACAGCAGAUCCCGACUAUCAUGGGGGAAAGUCGAGCUCUGGGCUCUGUGGAAAGUGCUACACGCAGCUGUUUCCAAGGGGUGUUGAGCUCAGCAAUUAAAGAAGAGAAAUUCCUAUCUUGGUUACAAUCUGAGCCUCCCAUCCUCCUGUGGCUCCCGACCUGCUACCGCCUGUCAGCCACUGAAAUGGUCACUCAUCCUGUUCGAUGUAGUAUCUGCAGGAACUUCCCCAUCACAGGAUUGAGAUACCGCUGUCUGAAGUGUCUCAACUUUGACAUCUGUCAGGUGUGUUUCUUAUCUGGUCUUCAGAGCAAGUCCCACCAGAAGUCUCAUCCUGUGAUUGAGAACUGCAUCCAGCGGAUGUCAGCAAAAGACAAUACAAAACUCUUCCUCAGGACCCUCAGAAACAACCUGCUCCAAGGGCGCUGUAGGAGGAAAGAAGCUGCGAGAAGGCAGUGGCUGCUGGACCAGGUGAAUCCAAGAGAUGUGGCUAAACAUGCACAGGCCAGGCUCCUUAAAAAACAGUUAAACCAAUACAAAGACAAGUUGCAAGCCAUAUAUGCCUGCCAGGAAGAAAAAAGUUGCAGAUUUGAAACAAAGAUUCACGAACUCACAACCAACCAGGACAGUCUGUGGACGAAGCUACAGCUAAUGGGACAGAAUCUACAGGCAGUGUUGCAGCCCCUUCAUCCUUCAUCUUCCUGGCAAAAUAUGGUUGCCAAGCGUGACCAUGGAAAUGGUGAAGAAAGUUUUCAGAGGGGAGGAGAGUCUUCCCAGAUCAAGGGUGCCACUGAGGGUGGUUCAGAAGAGGAAACACUUCCUAAGUCCACUGUGAUUGAUGGAAGUUACCAAGGUCCAGCACAUGCAGAACAUGUUCUACCAAACUCAGAAUCACCAGAGGCCAUUUUGCAGCCAAGGUCAAUGCAAAGUACCAGGGCACGAAGCCAAGCACAAAAGACCUCGAAAGAAAUCUUUAGUUCCCUACCCAGUUCCCAGGAAGGACUGCUGCAGGACACCUCCCAAAUUGCUCCUGCUGAAAUGAACAGUCCUGCCCUGGCACCUGUGGAAAGGAAAGGGGCAGUUAACAUCCAGGAGGGAAAGGAUGAGCUGGAGGAAGAGGAACUGCAAGAAUUGUUGUCAAAACUCACGGAUGCCUUCACUCUAGAAAUGCCUUCAGACCUGCAAUCUUCAGUAAAUAUGGACCUGUAUUGUGGAGCUGAGCGAGUAUGCAGGGCCUUCUCUGCCCUUGUUGAUCAGAUCACUUUGCCCAACUUGAAGUGA